CGGAAUCGGUUGCGGUUCUUUUUCUGUUUGUCACCGUUUCUCCAGUGCAGUAAAAGAGGAGUGGUUUCAGUUAGUGGUGUCUGGGGAUAGCAGGAGAGCUGCAGCCGAACCGAGAGGGGAACCCGGUUGCUGUUGUGUGAGACCCGGCCUCGUGGGUCGCGGCUCGGGUCAGCCCGGCGGGCGCUUAGGCAGUCCAGGUUAUAGACGAUUUGUGAAAUGAGUGACUCUGAUGAUGACGAGACCCCCCGGCUAUCUUCGCACACCUUAGCAGCCCUCCAGGAAUUUUAUGCUGAGCAGAAGCAACAAAGCGACCCAGGUGGGGAUGAUAAAUACAACAUUGGAAUAAUAGGAGAGAACUGGCAAUUGAGCCAGUUUUGGUACAGUCAGGAAACUGCUUUGCAACUUGCGAAGGAAGCCAUUGCGGCUGCUGGAGAACGAGGCAGAAUAGCCUGUGUGAGCGCCCCCAGUGUUUACCAGAAACUGAGAACUCUACACAGAGAAGACUUUUCGGUAUACAUCUUUGAAUAUGACAAAAGAUUUGCCAUAUACGGAGAGGAGUUUAUCUUCUAUGAUUACAAUAAUCCAUUGGAUUUACCUGAAAAAAUUGCCGCACAUAGUUUUGACAUCGUAAUAGCAGAUCCCCCCUACCUUUCCAAGGAGUGUCUCAGAAAAAUGUCAGAAACCAUCAAGUAUCUGACUCGGGGCAAGAUUCUGCUGUGCACAGGUGCCGUCAUGGAAGAAGAGGCAGCAAAACUUCUUGGCGUGAAGAUGUGCAAGUUUAUUCCAAAACACACCCGAACCUUGGGAAAUGAGUUUCGCUGUUACGUGAAUUAUGAUUCUGGGCUAGACCGUGAAAUCUAAAUGCAGAUAGUAAUAUAAUAUGGUAAAGGAUCUUGUGUGACAUUUCUCUCUUAUUAUUUCCUUGGUAGAUUGAAAAGUUAUAACCUCCUCCCCUCCCCUGCAAAGUGGGGCUAUCCCUGGCCUAAUUUUCAAAAUAAAGAAUACAACAUCUCAUUAUGAGUUCCUUAUUGCAGGCAUCUCUCUCAGUUGCUCUUGCCAACUUGAAUGCAUGGAAUUAUAGUGGGAAGAGAUCUUAGAACCUAUCUAAAAUCUGCUCUCCUCAUCUGUACUUCGGUAAAAAACCGAAGUACAAACAGCUUAGUAACUUGACCAACACCUGAAUUAGGACCUGGGCCUCUGCCUCAGGCCAUCUGCCCCCUUAAAAUGGGCCUAUUCUGACUCUACCCAAUAGACCACUGAUUCUUCACAGCAGCUUUCCCGGGGUGUCGUAGGACUUGUGAAGGGGCUGGCCAUCUGCUCCAGCCCCUCAAGGAGACACAACUUGUGUCCAUAAAAGAAGUUGAUAAUCUUUGGAACCUUGAAAGCGUCCUGGAUUUUUCCUCUUCGCGCCGGUUCUUCGAGGGAUGACAGGACGUAGCCCAGGUGCUCUCUGUGAGCUCAAGCCUCUGCACCCUCAACUAACACCGCAGCAAAUGCUCCAAGCCCCCUGAGAACUGACAGUGCCAUCUGCAAACCAAACACUACAGCAAAGAGGAGAUGAGAAGCAUGCUGACUGUUCUAUUUCAAAGAUUAUUCAUCAUUCAUCCACACCACAGAAAAUUACUGAUACCUGCAACUUGGAUGGAUUUCAAGGGCCUUGUGCUGAGUGAAAAAAACCAAUCCCCAAAGGUUGCAUACUGUGUUUCAUUUAUGUAACAUUCUUGAAUAGAGAGCAGAUUGGUGGUUGGCAGAGGUCAAGAUGGGGCUGGGGGAGGAGGAUGGGUGGGACCAGUAAAGGGAGAUCUUAGGGAAAAUGGAACUCUUCUGCACCUUGAUUGUGCAGUGGUUACACACAGCUCCACAGAUGGCGUGACACAGAACACACACUGGCACUCGCACACAACGCUGGUGAACUCUGAGUGAGGUCUGGGCGGUGCGCAGCGUCCAGUUCCUGAUGGGGAAUCUGUGCUUGGUUAAGAUGUUCUCAUUGUGGGCAACUGGGUAAAAGAUACACAAGACCUCUCUGUAGAAUUUUUGCAAUUUCCUGUGAAUCUGGAAUCAUUUCAAAAUAAAAACUUUAAAAAGAGGGAGUUAGGAAUAACACUUCCCCACCUCAGAUGACUUCCUUCGCUAACAAAACAUGAAAGGAAGUGCCAAGCAGAGCUUUAUUUUCUCUCUGACAUGGCUGCCAGCAGGUUUCCACAGAAGCGCUCUGGCUGCCCGGGUGCUCGCGGUGGACAUGGAGGGGGGAGCAGGAUACCCACGUCUGCUCUUGAAAAUCACAGUCUGUGGGGUGGUUACUGCGGCGAAAACCCAGCCUGUCCUGGGGAGCCUCGUGCCCAAGCACCAGUGCUUAGGAAAUUGGGGGGCGGGGGGCUUGCUUCUGUCUUUCUUAGCUCUCGAUGGUCCUACUUUGGGAUAAUUUUUAAUUUACUUUAAAAAUCACUAGGUACUUUUAUGAGACAUUUAUAUUUUUAUCAGUAUAUCAGCACCUGGCCCAUAUGACGUAUUCAAUAAAUGUUCUUUAAAAAAUACCCCUACCUUAUUAUUUCCUCGUGAGUCAGUUCACUGAAAAUCACCUAGGCCAAUAACAAAUUUUAGUAACAAAUCAUGUAUGGAAAUGUCAUGUGUAACUUAGGAACUGUGGGCAAGUUGCAGCCUAGAAAUACAGAAUUGUAGUCACCCUAGAAGUCUAGCGCUUAGAUGAGGAAGAGAAACCUUAUUUCUUCGUGCAAGGUGGAGGAGGGAAGGCUCGGAGCUUGACUCAUUCAACAUUUAAUUACAUUGUUGUAUAAUAAGCAACCCACAUAUGUUUUAUUGCUUUGGACCCCUUGUGAUUUUAGCAAACCUGUGUUCACAUGGGAUCUGCUCCUGGAUCUCAUAAAAGGUCUGCCGCUCCGCCUCUGCGACCCUCAGGGACAGGAGUUGGCUGCCUGACAACACGCCGGGCUGCCGAGCAGACGGGGGGUGGGGCGGGUGCGCACUGCACGGCACGCGUGACACAAGCUUCCUGACUUCUUAGGAGGCAGCCUCACCUCUUACACCCGACCAAAGCACUUAAAACUCAGAAGAAUAUUGUAAGAGACACCUUUUUAAAGUCCUUGCUAAUUCAAAGAUUUGCACUGAGACACAAAAUAACCAUAGCAUGAGUGGAAAGAAGAUAAUUUCUGUGUUGCUGAUAAUUCAGAAGUCCAUGAAAUGACUUAGCGGGGUCGUUUGGGGGUGAUGGGGAACCCUGACAGCUGGAACAAAUGCCAGAGUCACUUGGAAACCCCAUUUCCCAUGAGAACAUCAUGCUCUUCCCUUCCAUUCCUCUCUCAAAUGACCCUCUUCUCCCGUUGCCUUGCUAAAAGACCUGCAGCAAACCGAGAAGUUUGGGUAACGUCGACCCCUGAGUGUGGAACUGUUGGCAUUUGUGAUGUGCUUUGAUUGGUAUUCCCAAAUGAUUUUUUUUUUUAAAUUUUUUAAUUUCUUUAUUCGACAGAGAUAGAGACAGCCAGCGAGAGGCG